UGACAGAUGAUAGACCAGAGGUCAGUCAUUUCAAAUUGAGUGUCACAAGGUGGCUGUGUGGAGUUCUGACCAACAGCUUCAUUUAAUCGUGCAUGUCCAAUUUGCAUGGGUUCCAUGGUUUUGUUGGGAGGUAGUGUUUUCUUGACGAUAGGCAAAGGACGAUUUAACAGCAGAAGAUCAAGACGAAUGGAUAAAUCAAUGAGUCAAGGGAAAGUUGUUCAUCUCUGCACGCUAGCUCUGUUAAUAUCUCUGGGUUUAAACCUCGACGAAAUAUGGACUUUAGCACCUUGUCAUUAAAACCGCUUCCUGCGGAGAUUGUUCUGAACUCCAAGGCAUAAUCAGACACACGGCGAUUUCCUUGAGUGAGGUCUAAGAGUUUCUCCCCCAUUUCUCUGCCAUCAGAUGAAUGAUCGAACACACGUUUAAAUAAUUCAGUGAAGUGCUGAUACGAGGAAACCGAUUCUCCUCUUUCCCCAUACGGCAGAUGCCCACAAUAAUGCUUUCCCAGUGAGCAAUUCAUAAAAUGUGCAAUCUUGUUAGGUUCAGACAAUCCUUCUUGACUGGAGAAAUUCAAGGAGCAUUGUAGUAAAAGCCUUUGCACUGAGAAUUUGUUGGGCAUGGGUGGGUUAUUAGCGAUGAUCCAUGUGGUGGAGGUAAUGCAGAGAUAGUUUAUGUGAUGAGAUCAACCUUGGCAUUGAGAUCAGUGAGGUGGUGUUGUUGUUUCAUUAACUGUCCAUGAUAAGUGAAGGCUUGUUUUCAAUCCAUGUCGCCUGCUGCAUCCAUGAGAAUUGGCAAAGUAUUCUGUCAGAUAAAUCACCAGGAGAGGAGGAUGCAAGUGCAGUAGGACAGUUUUAAUGAAGAUAAGGCAAAAAUCCAACAGUAAGUACAGGCAGAAGGUCAGGCAAUCGGCAAACAGACAUAAACAGGCUAGAGACAAACUCAUGGUCAACAAACAGGCAAAAGUAUAACAACAGAGAAUCAGUCAGAAUUAAGUAAGCUUAGUAAUGUCAAACACUAGGAAAUUGAGCAUAUACUUUGCAAGGACUGAAUGUGACAAAUUCUCUUAUAAAGGGUGCAGUGAUUGCUGUAGUAAUGAUGUGCAGUUGUGGCUGAUCAGAAAUCUGGUGAUUGAGAUCGAGGUGGUGCAUGGGAAUUUGAGUCCGGGGUGGCCAUAUUUGAAUGCUGUUGUGACUGCUGGGAUUCUGAGUUCAUGACAGAUGUCUUUGUAAGGUGUUGCUUAAAUAGGCAAAUGUUUAGUGGGUUUGUAUGUGUUGACUGGUCCCCUGGAGAGAAAAAACUGGGCAGCUGACAAGGAACAUGAGCCUAUCUAAAUUAAAGUAUCUGAGCACCACCUGACAGGUGACACUUAACAGAGCAAAGAUGAAUGGUCCAUGUGGGAUAAAACAGAUUAAUCGUUAACAAAACCUCACUAUUAGAGGACAAGUGACCGUGCACUCUAAGUGUUUGCGUUAGUUCAGCUACAUUUAUUAUGUUCAUAGAAAGAAAUAAGUUAAUAUGUCCUGGACAGGCAGUCCACACCGUAAUCCCCACAUCCAUAUAAGUAUAUAUAAACCAAGGCCACUGAACAGAGUGACAUUUGUUUCUAUGGUGUCUCUUGCAGGCCAGAUUAACUGAUGAAUAUCUUACACCAAAAAAAUUAAUAAAAAUAAAAAACAUGAGCAGUCCUUGUUGUUGUUGUUGUUGUUUUCCACAGGGUGAGUGGAAAGGUCUCUUCAUCCUCUUUCAUUUGGAUAAAAGGAUUUAGUAUCAAUGUGAAGUCAUUACAAAUUAUGUUAUUUUAACACCCAAAUAAAAAAUACACUAUUAAUUUUUAAACCAAUGUGAAGAAAUAUCUAUAAGAGCCCAAAUUCUGUUUGUGUGAGUCUCUGUCAAAAUAAUGUCACUAGAUUACAUCAGUCAUACAGAUUGUCAGGUUACUGGUCAGAUUUUGAGCAAGCCAAUAAACAAGCGAACCAGUCUGUUUUCUGCACACAAAACAACAACAAAAAUUGUAUAGAUCUAAUGAUGUGUGCAAUCCAAUGUUUGUGUGUCACUGCCAGUACCAAAAAAUGCAAUAUGAGGCAUUUGGUAAAACUGCAGAUUAGAAAUAUUCCAAUAUGUGAAUUAUUAAUAGGAAAGUCCUUUGUCAUAAUGGCACAUACUCUUUUUCACAAAGUUAUCAAACGACAAUGGACAAGCUUUAAUGGAUUUUAUAACAUACUUGGGUGUCCCAUUUCCACGAAUAUGCUAACUCUUAUUCAAACAUGACCAUCUUGAGGGAAUAAAUUAAACCAUAACUAGUAAAACUCCAAACCUCUUUUAUCAUUUUGUGCAAGUGUACUUAAAGGUAACGCUGAUGCAAGAGCUCGAUUGUUGGCUAUGAAUGCAUCCAGACUGCAUCACUUCAUUUCCUUUUAAAUCUAUUUGUGCAGUGGUUUGCCCUUGUUUGCAAAAUGGCAUCAUGUGAGACUUAAUUUGUAAAGGUUGCUUGACACUGUAGCACCUGACCUCUUCUUCGUCUGAUGAUGAGUCCAAUCCCAUUCUCAAUGUGAGUACAAAAUGGUGAUUGAUUUAACUCUGUCAUUCAGUUUCUAAACUGUGGACAAACUAUGUUGAGUGCAUUUCCAUUUAUGGAUCUAAAAUAGUGUAUACCUCACAGAAGUGGCUGAUUCUAGACAUAGAAGUCUUGUAACAUGACAUCAUGUGAUCUUGAAUACAUACAUGUAUCUUGUGACUGAACAAUGUUCUAACAAUUACAUGACCAUCCUGUAACACUGUUGUUGAUUAUUAUGAUCAACAUGGUUAAUAAAAAAGUUUCUUAUGCAAGUGUAUUCUGAAGAAAUUCAUUCAACGCAUGCUCUGUAAAGCAGGUUGACAUCAACACUUUAUUUUACACACAAGAGUUAGUACUGUCCAAGCGGGGUAACCCUCCAAACUUCAUAGUUUUAUGAUAAUGUUUGUGUUUAUAGUGAUCAAUAUUCCAUCACCAAUAGGCCCAUAAAGGAUCGACAUAAUUAUGUCAAUGUGGGUUCUGCCAGUGGGCUACAGUUUGCCAGUCAAUAAAUUAUGUGCUUUUAUUACAUGGAAGCAGCCAGACUAUUUUUUAUUUUUUUUUUUUGAAGACUAGCCUAUUGUAUUGCAGUCUCGGUACAUCUGUCUAAUGCGCAAAAAAGUGACAAACUGUUUUUGCAACCUACCUCUUUGCAGCUGGGUAAUUCCGUUCCCUCCGCUAUAAAUAAAAGGAGUCCCAAUAUGACAAUAACGCCUUGCGUACUAACAGUGAAAAAGUACAUGGCUUAAAAAUUGUUGUUCCAGAAGUUUUAUUCCCUGUCAAGGCGUGUAACAGAACAGGAAAGCAGUGAGACUCUUUGUUUGCACAUACUAAACUAGCUGAGCUCUCCUAUUGGUCGGUUUCUUUUAGAUGGAGUUCUAUUUUAUAUGCAUUUAACUUAAGUUGAGAUUGAAAACAUUCAACAAUUGUAAAACAAAGCGGUAGAUUAUUUUCUGAUAGACUUUUAUGAGUAACAAGAAGACAGGUGGUCAGAACCAUCUGUCAGGUGGUUUGAGUAACGUUACAGGAAUGAGAAUAGGAGGUCUCUGUUUAUCUACAAUUGGGAAAACACUAAGUAAUUUUAAUAGCCAACAUAAAAACGCCAUAUUAACGUGCACGUUCCUUAUUAGCGUCUAUACGCACAAUAGUGAAAUUGCAUUAAACCCGUUAAUAAACUCUGUUAAUGUAAAAGUUUACAUCCAAAAACUAGCAACUGACGCGCAAAGGUGGUCUCUUAGCAACGGUGGGAGGGACAACAAUGUUGCUAGAAAAAAUAUCCUAAACCAUCGAUCUGUAACAUUCCAGAACACUGAGCUGGAAAACUUGUUUGAAUAUGCCACGAGAACGAGAUCCUUUUCCAUUUCCAAGAUUUGAGAACGACCAUACUUUCAAUGGGAGUAAGGAAAUUCAGAAACUGCCCUAUGACAAGCCAGCUCAUCUCGCCCAAAAUGAUGAACCUUGGAGGAGACUCCAUAACACGGGAACAAUGGCUAGUUCCCGUCGAAAUAUCUUCUAUCGUGAUAUUACAGCACCAAAGGACAGUCUGGACAUUCAUCUAAAAUCAACAUAUGAUAACCAUCUUGGAUUAUUUCAGAACAAGAGCCAAACCCUGACACAGAGGGAAACUGUUGCCGAGAACCAUGCACUCCGUAAGGCUGAAUCUCUCAGCCACCUUGAUGUUUUCUCACUCAGGACACUGAAAAACAGAGAACAAUUGGAAACUCCAGUGUGUGAGAAUGAAAACAAAGGAAUGAAAGUGUGGGUCGACUCCCAGAAAGCUUCUAUAUACAGCAUUAAAGGCACAAUUGAGUCUCACCACACCGCCUCUACAAACCGAGGUUAUUCAAGGAAGCAUGAUGGCGGAUUUUACACCUUGUAAUGCAAUAAAAUGAGAUGACCACAUGUAC